AUGGAGAGAAAAGGAGGAUUCAUGGCGAUUCUUAAAGCUUGUGUUUUGAUUCAGGGGAGAAGCGCCACGGCGCUAUUGGUGGCUCUUCCUUUUAAUCUGGGAAUGGCAGCCAUUGAAGCUCUGUUUCAGUACAGAAUAGUUCGAGUUUACCAUUCCAGAGGAAAAUUGGGGUCUUCCAUGGUGGUGGAAGGAAUGUUCGUUGCUUAUUUGUACUCUGUUUUUGUUGUCCUCGACGCCAUUGUUAACACCCUGUUCUUCAAAAGUUGCAGAGUGGGAUCUCGAAUGGGUGUGGAAGGCAAAAGCUCUUUUAGCUUUUGGAUUGCUGAGAAGGAGAAUGAAGAUUUCCCCCAUUUGAAGGGAUUUGAAGAACUUCCAUGA